AUGGGAGAGAUACAGAUGCUCUUGCAGUCAGAGAGACCCAGUAAAUCAGACCAGAUCAGAAGGCGUGUGAGGACGCGGACGAGAAAAUCGAAUUUAAAACCUCAGAAUGUUGCGUCUUUCGUCAGGAUACCAAAAUCUGUCCAAGAAGAUGUGCCUGAACUAACGCCACUCCAGCAACGUCUCGCCCUACGUCAAGCUCAAGCAUCAGCCCGAUUCACCGCGGCUAGUUCAAGCUCUUUACCGAGCUCGUGCCCGUCGGACUCUGCCCCCGACGAUUACCCCUCAUCUCCGCGCGAUCUCCAGCACUCUCCUGCUGCGCGUAAAGAAGUUUCCCCCGCCCAGCCUGGGACGCCGACGAAUGUCCGACAACGCCGCUUCCGUCAGAGUCCUGCUAAUCCUGCUCCAGUCCCAGCACACCUCCAGCCCGACUUCGAUGUCACCAUGAUCGACGACUUGCUCAAUGUAUCGGGCAUCCCCGACAUUACACCAAAAUCAAUCCCCAAGGAUGAAACCCCACCUAAAAGCUGUGAAGACCAAAACAACAAUAGCGAGAACAAUCAACAAGUACCAGAGCCCACUUGGUCAAGAGAAGACAACGCACCAAAGCAGCUACGCACAUUUGGACUGGUCGCUCAGAAGCAACCAACCGAUGCAGACGCCCCAAUGCCUUCUGUGGACGACAUUGAAGACUACGAAAAUGACAAUUCUGAGUCCACGGAAUUUCCAGAACCACCAACCCCGGAAGAACAAAAGCAGUUCCUUGGCGAAUCCGUAGAAAAUGGAACGGUAAAUGGAAAACAUGAGAUGCCUGAAGAGGAACCUGAGCCCGAGAGUAAAAACUUUCAAGACUCUGAAGAGGCACAAGAAUUGAGCAAGCUCUCCAUCAGAGAUCGCCUCGAAAAUCUCCAGGGACUUGGCCAGAGACCAUCUCAAGAAGCUGAAGAAUCAGAUGAAGAAGAUGAGCCCGAACCUGAGCCUGUUGCGCCGCCAAAGAAGAAAGAUGGAUUCACUUGCUUUUGGGACGAAAUCAAAGACAGCCUCAUCCGAAAAAAUUUGAAACUUUACGUUGGCGAUGUUGAUUUUGACGAUGUAGAGUCAGAACCCGAAGAAGAUGGGCCUAAAGUUCCGCCUUUUGGUGCUCCAAGUUUCCCUCCUCGCCAGCCCGUUGCAAUGCCAGGUAUGGGCGGUCCUGGUGGCCCUCCUCCUCCGCCACCUCCUCCAGGAGGUAUCCCUGGUGGUCCACCCCCAGCGCCUGGUAUGGCGCCGCCACCACCUCCAUUCGGUGGUCCUCCAGGAGCUCCACCUGGUCCACCUCCACCAGGUGGGAUGGGUCCCCCUCCACCUCCAUCUGGCGGUUUUUCCUCUCACCCAGCAAAACCUCAGAAAAAAUCAAAUCGAACUGUGAAACUCUUCUGGACAGAAAUUCGUAAACCUGGUGCAGAAACCAUUUGGGGUGCGAUUAAUGACGAAUUUGAAGCUCCUGCGAACUUUUCUUCCGAGCUCGACAGCAUAUUUGCCCUCAAGGAUGCUUCCAAGGGCAAAGAAAGAACUCCUGGUCAAAGCCUAAAGCAAAACGAAAUCACUGUCCUUGACCAAAAGCGCUCAAAUGCUAUUAAUAUUUCAAUGAAAACGCUACCAAACAUUCGCACGAUCAAAAGUGCGAUCCUGCACAUGAACUCCGACGCCCUUCCAAAAGAAAGUAUCGAGAAGAUUUUAAAACUCUUGCCCACGGAAGAAGAGAUCGCCAUGAUCCAAGAUGAGCAGCAAAAGCGUCCUGGAUUGCCCCUCGCCUCAGCCGAACAAUUUCUUUCUACCAUUCAUUCAAUUCCGGAGCUCGAAGCGAGAUUGAAAAUCUGGAGCUUCCGGCUGGACUUUCCAGAAAAAGAGCGAGAACUCGCAAAUCAGCUAUCUGACCUUCGAGAGGCGCUUCAGCAAAUCAAGAAAUGUAAAACACUUGUGAAGGUGUUGGCUUGCUUGCUGAAGAUAGGCAAUCACCUUAACAACGCGAAUGCAAAAGGAUUUAGUCUUGACUACCUACAACGUGCACCCGAGGUGAAAGAUACCGUCCACAAACACUCACUUGUCCAUCAUGUUGUCAACUACCUUGGCGGCGCGGAUACCAAGGACCUUUACGAAGAACUCGGCGCCGUCACCCGUUCGGCUCGAGUUGAUUGGGAGAGUUCUGCCAACACCAUUUCCGAUUUGGAGGACAAAUGCCGCGUUAGCUGGGAAUAUCUCCGAGUGCUCAAACAGCAAGACAACUUUCACGAUGAUUUGAAAAAUAAACUCACGUCAUUUGUCCAGGAAGCCGCCCAGCACACUAUGAUUAUACAAACAGUAUGGAAAAGGCUUCAGGUCCGCCAUCGGAAGAUUCUCAGGUGGUUCGGAAUCUCGGACUUUUCUGCAUGGCCUGUCAAAUCUGUUUGUUCGACAAUAUCCGAUUUUGCCCUGGAAUUCAAGACUGCCCGUCAACGAGCCAUUGAAAUUGCCCAGAAAAAGAAGAAAAAGACGGAGACCCACAAGGGCCAGAAAAUCACCACCAAAAUUCAGCUUGACGUAGAGACAGAAUCCCUAAACUCGGACGAGGGAGAUAAUAAGGAUGGCGAGGUAGAUCUCUACUCGGACGCCAUGACUAAGGAAAAAUACAUCAGACGCUUCAAAGAAGUGUUUGCAGAGGGCAACGGGAAAUACAUUGAUCAAAGCGAACAUGAGAAGAUGGCUUCUAACUUGUUGGAGGAUGGAGAAAGACGGACUCGGAGACAAACGGGGAGCAUCACAAGCCGCGGAAGCUCAAGUCGGGAGCCAAUGGCUCGCCAGGCGAGUCUGUCUGCUGCAGGAAGCAACGAGGAAAUGAUCGAAUCUCUUGCACAAGCAAGCGUAUCAAAUAGUGCCCAGAGACGAAGUCGUCGAUCGCGAGCGGGUCCCGGCGGCCGCAAGAGCCAGCGCGAGCGCAACCGCACGCUCAACAAAGGCCUCUCGCCCGAGGAAAUGGCCAUUCUCAUGAAUCAAGCCUGA